CCUACAGAGUGGGAGGAUAAGCAGAAUUACUGAACUCCGCAUGAAACAUGAAUAAUAAUGCAGAAGACUGCUGCAUAGCUGGACUUAGACUUUUUACACUGUGUCUCGGAUUCGUUUGACAGUUUUCCCGAUAUCCAGCUCCUCCUGGCUGCAUGUUGAGGACACCUGAAGUGAUUUUGUUUUCCGCGCUGCGCCUUUUCGUCGCCUGGCCACCUGCCACUCCUCCCCGGUUUCCGACAUCUAUGCUAUUUCACAGAGAUGUCCAUGUCCCAUCUGUAUGGGAGGAGAGAGGAGGAAGAGGAAGGUGUUGAGGUGGAGAGCUUUGAGGUGACAGACUGGGACCUGGCCAAUGAGUUCAAUCCAGACCGCCGCAGACACAGGCAGACCAAGGACCAGGCCACCUAUGGCAUCUGGGCUGACAAGGACUCAGACGAGGAUGAGAGGCCUAGCUUUGGAGGCAAGAAAUCUAAAGACUACAGUGCUCCAGUGAACUUUGUGAGUGGUGGUCUGCGUAAGGCUGCAGCUGAGGAGAAACGCCAACAGCAAAAAGAAGAAGAAGGAGCAGGCUCUGAUGACUCUGAAGAUGAGGGUCCUUCAGCACCUCCCCCUCCUCGCGGCACUGCACCCAAAAAACUCCAGAUGGGUAAUUUCCGGAGUCACCAGUCCCAGAGGUUUGCAGGUGGCAUACAGUCUGGUAAAGGCAUCGGUAACUGGGAGAAGCACACAAAGGGAAUCGGACAGAAACUUCUGCAGAAAAUGGGCUACCAACCAGGCAAAGGCCUGGGCAAGAAUGCUCAAGGUAUUAUAAACCCCAUUGAGGCAAAGCUUCGUAAAGGCAAGGGAGCAGUGGGUGCUUAUGGCAAUGAGCGAACACAACAGAGUCUUCAGGAUUUCCCUGUGGUUGACUCAGAGGAAGACGAGGAAAAGGAGUUUCAGAAGGAGCUAGGCCAGUGGCGUAAGGAUCCUGCAGGGUCUGUAGGAAAGAAGAAACCCAAGUACUCCUACAGAACUGUGGACGAGCUGAAGGCCAAAGGCAAGCUGGCAGGGCGCAGUACAGUGCCAUCCGCUGGAGAGUUGGCACAGGUCAAGGUAAUAGAUAUGACUGGAAGAGAACAAAAGGUUUAUUACAGUUACAGUCAGAUGUCCAACAAGCACAGUGUUCCAGAUGAAGGGCCACCAAGCCUUUCCACUCAGGAUCAGAAGGGAUCUGGCUUUGCUCUUCCUGAACUCGAACAUAACCUGCAGCUACUGAUAGACCUCACCGAACAGGACAUAUUACAGUCCGCCAGACGUCUGCAGCAUGAAAAGGAUGUAGUUGUGUCUCUGAGCCACGAGUCACGAGCGCUGCAGAGCAGACUGGAUGCAGAGCAAGAUGCCAUUCAGAGAAUGGAGGCCGUUCUGGCAUUGGUGGCGCGUUUUCCUUCUGGGGAGAUGGCACCUGGGGAGGCCCCCACCCUGCAGGAGUGCGCCCAGAUCUUUGAGACUUUACAAACAGACUAUUAUGAAGAAUACAAGACUAUGGGAUUGGCAGACUUGGCUGUAGCUGUUCUUCAGCCAUUACUUAAAGAGAAACUUCGCUCCUGGGACCCUCUGAAGGACAGCUCUUUUUGUCUGGAAGACAUCGGUCAGUGGAGAGCAAUCCUCGAAUCUAGAGACUUCCACAGCAGUGCCCCAGAUUCAAACAUGGACCCUUACCACAGACUGUUGUGGGAAGUGUGGAUCCCAGUGAUGCGGCCCUGUGUGUCAGGCUGGCAGCCUCGUACAGUGGAGCCAAUGGUGGACUGCGUGGAAGUGUGGGCUCCUAUUCUCCCCCUGUGGAUCCUGGAUCACCUGAUGGAGCAGCUGAUCUUACCCCGGCUACAGCGAGAGGUGGAUAACUGGAACCCUUUAACUGACACAGUCCCCAUCCACUCCUGGAUCCAUCCUUGGCUGCCUCUGCUCCAAUCACGUCUAGAGCCUCUGUACCCACCAAUCAGGAGCAAACUAUCCAAUGCCUUGCAGCGAUGGCAUCCCAGCGACACUUCAGCACGCCUCAUCCUGCAGCCUUGGAAAGAUGUUUUCACCCCAGGUGCAUGGGAGGCCUUCAUGGUGAAAAAUAUCAUCCCUAAACUCGCUCUGUGUCUGGAGGAGCUGGUUAUCAACCCUCACCAGCAGCAGAUGGAGCCAUUUCACUGGGUGAUGGACUGGGAGGGAAUGUUGUCCCCCUCCAGCCUGGUGUCCCUGCUGGACAAAAACUUCUUUACCAAGUGGUUGCAGGUCCUGUGUUCAUGGUUGAGCAACAGUCCUAACUAUGAAGAAAUCACUAAAUGGUACCUGGGCUGGAAAAGCAUGUUUAGUGAUGCCUUGUUGUUACAGCCGCUCAUUAAAGAGAAAUUCAACGAAGCUCUGGACAUCAUGAACCGUGCGGUGUCUUCAGGCAUGGGUGGAUAUAUGCAACCUGGUGCAAGGGAGAAUAUUGCAUACCUAACACAGACCGAGAGACGAAAGGACUUCCAGUACGAAGCGAUGCAGGAGCGCAGAGAUGCCGAGACUGUGGCUCACAGAGGCAUCAGUGCUGGUGUGCCGACUAAUUUUAAAGAUCUUAUCCAGACUAAGGCAGAGGAGAACAACAUUGUCUUUAUGCCCUUAGUGGCCAAACGGCAUGAGGGCAAACAGCUGUACACUUUUGGGCGUAUUGUCAUCUACAUAGACAGAGGGGUUGUUUUUGUGCAAGGAGAGAAGACUUGGGUGCCCACGUCUUUGCAGAGUCUGAUCGAUAUGGCCAAGUGAGGGUGCACUGACUGAUUCUUUGUCCUGCUUAGUGUUAAAGAGCAUUGGUAGAGCAAACGUUUGCCUUUUAUGUAACUUCAGUAUGCUGAUCCUUGUCAUGUGUCUUUGUACAUUCUUAAAGUGUCACUAUAUCUGAAUAAAUCAUUUUUGAAUGUG